AGGUAGGAUUCUACUGGGAGAAGGAUUCAUCGGAGCGGCGCGCUCUUUUCUCGGAGGAGCGUCGUCUUCCCCUUCGCCUGUUUUCGUUCACCUGUAAGGAAGAUGGCGGCUGAGAAAGUGGGGUUGCUGUAGAAGAGGAUGAGGAAGAGGAGGAAACUGUUGAGUUUAAUCUCUGUGUCACAUUUUUCCCAAGUGGACUGGAGUAACUAUAUAACAUUCCCUGUAUAAGUGUGUCGUGGUUCACUGUUUUGAGAUUACUGACCUGGGUCAAAUACGAAGUAGUGGCUUCUCAAAGGAUGGUGAGACGGUCAUCCAGUAAGCUUCCAAGGCAGACUCUGCUUUCAAAAAUACAAGAACAAAGAGCAUCAGGAUCUUCUCCAGUGAGUGCUCCCUUCUCAUUUGGUGGCCAAAGUAUUUGAGCUUCAGCUUCAGCAUCUGACCUUCCAGGGAAAAGUCAGGGUUGAUUUCCCUUAGGACUGACUGAUUUGAUCUUCUUGCAGUCCAAGGGACUCUCAAGAUUCUUCUUCAGCACCACAGCUCGAAAGCAUCUAUUCUUCUGCGCUCGGCCUUCCGUAUGGUCCAGCUGUCACAGCCAUACACUACCUGGGCUAUAUAGAAAUGGAAAUAGACCAUCAUGGUAUAGAAAUGACUAUGAAAGAAAUACAAAUUAACGAGGAAGAAACAGAAACAAAAAUGAAGGAUGAAGAAACAGAACAAGAAAUGGAAAAAAAACCUAACAGAAACCUACUGGAUGCAUCAUCUGAAUCUCCCAGAGAGAAACACAUUUCAAUUCAAAGAACACUUGCUGAUCUAGAGAAAUUGGCUGGUCUGAAGGAAGAUGGCAUAAUCUCAACUGUUUCCCAGAACACAGACUCUGAUGUGGCAGGUAUCAAGAAAUCUUGUCCUCUUUGCCCUGAAGACAAGUUCAAAGCUUGUUAUGGUAAUAAGCUCCAUCGCCACCUUCAGAAUCUUCACUGGAAAGUGUCUGUUGAGUUUGAAGGCUACAGAAUGUGCAUUUGUCACUUAACUUGUCGCCCCGUGAAACCAAAUGUUGCCGGAGACCAGAUAUCCCUAAAGAUGGGAGCCCAUUACCACUGCAUUAUCUGUUCAGCAACCAUUACCCGAAGGGCUGAUAUGAUAGGGCAUGUUAAACGGCAUGUUAAUAAAGGAGAAACUGAAUCUAGGUAUAGCAUUGCCCAUGCUCCGAAGUCUACACAUGAAGUUCUGAAAGAAACAGACAUAGAUGUACGAGUCCUUCCUAACUAUUCUACACCACAGAAAACGGAUUCCUAUUUUAAUCCCAAAAUGAAGCUUAACAGGCAGUUGAUAGUCUGUGCUUUGGCCGUUUUAGCUGAGGAGCGGAAGCCUUUGGAGUGUCUGGACGCAUUUGGAGCCACUGGGAUAAUGGGAUUACAGUGGGCAAAGCAUCUUGGAAAUUCUGUAAAAGUCACAAUCAAUGAUUAUAAUCAGAAUUCUGUAACAAUGAUACAUGAGAACUGUCAUUUAAAUAAGAUGAAGGUAGUGAGCAGCCGCAAAGAGGAAGAUGACUGUGAAGAAGAAAGGGAGGAAAAUAUUCCUACCAUUGAGGUGACACAAAUGGAUGCCAAUGUCAUCAUGUACUUGAGAGCAUUUGAUUUUAUACAUCUGGACCCAUUUGGAUCUUCAGUGAACUAUCUAGAUGCAGCGUUCAGAAAUGUGCGAAACCUUGGUAUUGUGUCAGUGACAUCGACAGAUAUCAGCUCUCUGUAUUCCAAGGCUCAGCACGUGGCUCAGCGCCACUACGGCUGCAACAUUGUGAGGACAGAAUAUUACAAGGAACUGGCAGCUCGCAUGGUAGUUGCUGCUGUGGCAAGAGCUGCUGCACGAUGCAACAAAGGCAUUGAAGUUUUGUUUGCAGUGGCCUUAGAACAUUUUGUUCUUGUAGAGGUGAGAGUAUUGAGAGGACCCUCUCCUGCGGAUGACACUGUCAAGAAAAUUCGGUACCUCAUCCAUUGUCAGUGGUGUGAAGAGAGGGUUUUUAAGAAAGAGGGCAACAUGAUAGAAGAGAAUCCUUAUCGGCAGCUCCCUUGUGACUGCCACAGUAGUAUGACAGGGAAGACGGCAGUUGAACUUGGUCCUCUGUGGUCAGGAUCCCUCUUUAACACUGGAUUUUUAAGAAGAAUGUUGUUUGAAGCAGUUCAGUAUGGCUUGGAAGACAUCCAGCCCCUUCUGAAAACACUCAUCUGUGAAGCAGAGUGUACAACUCACAAACAGUUUUCAAUACACGGCCCCAGCACACAGAACAAACAAGAAGAGUGUGGUGUGUUUAUUAGGACAUCAGGUGCUGCAGCAGAUUACUACAUUGUACAUGCAAAAAGAAAGAGUAGUGAAAUGAACCAAAAUGGAGCAAAACGACAGAAGUUUGAGAGUAACGCUGAACAUCCUGCCUUUUAUUAUAAUAUCCAUAGACACAGUAUCAAAGGAAUGAAUAUGCCAAAGUUAAAUAAGUUUUUGCAUUACCUCUCUGAAGCUGGGUAUCGAGUCAGUCGAACUCACUUUGACCCCAUGGGCGUUCGCACUGAUGCCCCCCUGGUACAGUUUAAAUCUAUUCUUGUAAAGUACAGCACACCCACUUACAUAGGAGGGCAAUCUGAAGGCCCUGUGCAGGCUUUGGAGGAUUCCCAGGCAGGAACUGAAGGUGACUUCACAGAAGAAAGUGUGUAAAAUGACACUUCUAGCAAGUGGGUUGAUUUUUUUAAAAAACUGAAGAUUUAUUUCAAGAAGUACAACUGAGCCAGUGAUCUCCAGAGACAGCAUGACCUGCUGACUGAUUUUAAGUGUUACAGGAUUGUUUUAGAACAGCACAGAAUAGCAGCCACUCCUCCUCUCUCCUGAGAUUGUAGUUAUUGAAUUUUGCAGCUAUCGUGAACUUUCUCUGAAGCUUCUUGUUCAGAUGCAUACUAUUGCUUAAGAAGAUGGAACAGCAGGGAGCUCAGAUACAAAGUACUUGUGUUAUUACUACGACUUAAUAAAAUGUCCUACCUUUU